AUGGAGGAGGAGCUUGCUAAACACUUGAAACAACUAGCUGACCAGUUCCACGGCCUUCCUCCAGUUAAGUGCCGUGAACUGGCAUUUGAAUACGCAAAGAGAAACAAUAUCCCUGUUAAAGCCAAUUGGACAGAGAAACAAUGUGCAGGAAUAGAGUGGUUUCGGCGGUUUCUUGCAUGUUGCCAUCUGUCUGUCCAAACUCCAGAGGCAACAUCCCUGGGAAGGGCUACAGCCUUCAAUAAAACUACAGUAGGGGAGUUCUUCAACAAUCUGGCUGUAGUGAUGGACAGGCACACAUUCCCUCCACACAUGAUUUACAAUGUAGAUGAAACCGGCGUCUUUACAGUUCAAAAGCCACGACAGGUUGUGACAGAGAAAGGAAAAAAGCAAGUUGGUUCUAUCACAUCAUCUGAGAGGGGAGAACUAGUGACUGUGGUGUGUGCAGUGAAUGCUGCUGGGAAUGCCAUACCUCCUAUGUUUGUCUUCCCCAGAGUUAGGUUUAAGGAUGACUUCCUGAUAGGAGCACCUCCAGGAGCCAAAGGUGCCUCCACCAGAACAGGAUGGAUGAAUGAAGACAAGUUCCAAUUAUGGGUCCAUGUUCUGAGACCCAGACUGUGCAUUAGCUGGUUCUGCUUGUACUUUGCUCUUGACACCCAGAUACUAGCUAAAGGUCCUGUGUUAUGA